UUCAUCCCCACGCUAUGAGCGACCAACAAGAGAGUAUCUGGAACAACGUGAUUUCCUCAUUACAGGACAUCUGCAACGCGGGAGAAUCCUACGCGCUGGCCUUGCAAGACCAGCCGGAUGAGUCGACCGUGGAGGAGUUACAGGAACAGAAGGCCCAGGUGCUGAGCCACAAGGACGAUUUGGAGAAGGGAAAACGGCUUUUGACGGCCACGUUGGAUAAUAUUGACAAAUUGAUCGUCAGCCAGUCGGCGGCCGAGACGGUGGCGCAGCCCAAGCCUAAGAAGACGGACGCAAAGUCCAAGAGGGGAAGAAGCUUUUACACAUCAGUUUAUAACCCGUCGGACCCGGUAACCAUCGGUUCUGAGGUCGCCUACCGCCUCCGACAGCGCAACCACAACCCGUACGGGGGAGCCUCUGCCAGCGGAAUGUCCGAGUGGAUCCAGUGCGAGGUCUUGAAAGUGUUGGCGGACGGUACCAAGUUCGAGAUUCGCGAUCCGGAGCCGGAUGAGAACAACAAUCCGGGUCAGAUCUUCAAGGCGAGCUAUAAGGAGAUCUUACUCGUACCAACGCCAGACGAGGCUCGCGAGUUGAUCAACUAUCCAUACGGCACGAAGGUGUUAGCGCGGUACCCGGAGACGACUACAUUUUAUUUGGCAGAGGUGAUAGGCACAAAGCGCGACGGCAGGUGUCGGUUGCGGUUUGACGGAGAGGAGGAGGAAGGGAAGGAGACGGAGGUGGAGAGGCGAUUGGUGUUGCCAUAUCCGGAAUAGCGAGGCAGGUUUAAGUAAGACCUAUGCUUGAGCUUCAUAAUCGCAGUAUACUCAAAUCCUUGUAUGCGGUAUGUUUUCGUUGGACAAUUGAGUGUCGUGAACUUGAAUUUGUUGCAGCUAUCGUAUGGAUGUUCUCGAAUAUCUGUGGGUGUAUCUUAGAACGUAAUAUAAUUGCUCGGUUUCGAGCAAUCACUUUAAUCGGCGUUAAUCGAACACCGAUACUUGCAUUGACUCAUAUUCUAAGGCUACAAUAGAAAUGGCAUUAGGAAUAGGGCUGGAGGUAUUGCAGAG